AUGACCAAAAACUCUUCCAACACCAUGGCCUUGGCUCCUAGCACUGCUAACAAAAGGGAGACAAUCUGCAUCUUUGGGACUGGAGACUUUGGAAGAGCUCUGGGACAGAAGCUGAUCCAGUCUGGGUACCCUGUGGUGUUCGGCAGCCGCAGCACAAAGACAUCCAGCCUGAUCCCCAGGGGUGCAGAGGUGCUGAGCCAUGCAGAAGCAGCACAGAGAGCUGCCAUCAUCAUCAUAGCAAUCCAGAGGCAGCACUACAGCUUCCUCACGCCCCUCGCGGAAGCUCUCCAGGGAAAGGUCUUGGUGGACAUCAGCAACAACUUAAAACUAGACCAGUACCCAGAAUCCAACGCCCAGCACCUGGCCCAGCUGCUGCCUGCUGCCAAGGUGGUGAAAGCCUUCAACACGGUGUCAGCCUGGGCCCUGCAGUCGGGCACGCUGGAUGCCAGCCGCCAGGUGUUUGUCUGUGGAGAUGACAUGGAAGCCAAACAGAUGGUGAUGGAUCUUGUUCGUGCUCUGGGCCUCACUCCAUUAGACCAGGGCUCCCUGCUGGCUGCUCGGGAGAUAGAGAACUACCCUCUGCAGCUCUUCCCCAUGUGGAGGUUUCCCAUCUUUUUGUCCCUCGGCCUCACCAUCUUUUUCUUCUUAUACUGCCUGGCUCUGGACAUCAUCUACCCCUACGUCUACCAGAAGAAAGAUUUGUCCUUUCUGAUUGCCAUCUCCAUCCCAAACAAGGUCUGCCCUGUGCUGGCCCUGGUCCUCCUAGGCUUAGUCUACGUUCCUGGUGUGCUAGCUGCUAUCCUCCAGCUGUGGCGAGGCACCAAGUACCGCCGCUUCCCGGGCUGGCUGGACAGGUGGAUGCUGUGCAGGAAGCAGCUGGGGCUGGUGGCCUUGGCCUUUGCUUCUGUGCACGUCCUGUACACCCUGGUCAUGCCCAUCCGCUCCUACGUGAAAUGGAGGACCAGCAGCCGGCUUGUCUCCCAGGCACUGAGCAACACAACAGAGCCACUCAACACCACCAAUGCCUGGCUCAGUGACUCCUACUUGGCUUUGGGGAUUCUGGGAUUUUUCCUGUUUGUUCUUCUGGGAAUCACAUCUCUGCCUUCAGUCAGCAACAGUGUCAACUGGAGGGAGUUCAGAUUCGUACAGUCCAAACUGGGAUACCUGACGCUGGUUUUGUGCACUGCUCACACGCUGGUUUACGGUGGGAAGUGGUUCCUGGUCCCAUCAUCCUACAAAUGGUACCUUCCACCCAUCUACAUGCUGUCCCUCAUCAUUCCCUGCGCUGUCCUGGUUGUCAAGUUCGUGCUGAUACUUCCUUGUCUGGACAAACCCCUCACCCAAAUCCGGCAGGGCUGGGAGAGGAACCCCCAGUACUCAGAACCAUCCCACUACGUCAUCAACAAGUCAGCUGUCUAA